GGAGUUUCCUCUGGAGCCCAUGUUGUCUAAGAUGUUAAUUAUGUCGGUCCACCUUGCCUGUAGUGAUGAAAUUCUGACUGUUGUCUCCAUGUUGUCCAUCCAGAAUGUCUUCUAUAGACCAAAGGACAAGCAGGACUUGGCGGACCAGAAGAAAGCCAAGUUCCACCAGUCUGAGGGAGACCACCUGACUCUACUGGCGGUGUACAACUCAUGGAAGAACAACAAGUUCUCCAGCCGGUGGUGCUACGAAAACUUUGUACAGAUCCGCAUCCUUAAGAGAGCCCAGGAUGUCCGCAAACAGAUGCUGGGCAUCAUGGACAGACAUAAGUUAGACGUUGUCAGUUGUGGUAACAAUACGGCUCGGGUUCAGAAGGCCAUCUGCAGCGGAUUUUUCCGUAACGCAGCGAAGAAAGAUCCCCAGGAGGGAUAUCGUACACUGAUAGACAGUCAGUUGGUCUACAUACACCCCUCUAGUGCCCUCUUUAACAGGCAACCAGACUGGGUUAUUUACCAUGAACUUGUGCUGACAACAAAAGAAUACAUGAGAGAGGUGACAGCCAUUGAUCCCAAGUGGCUCGUGGAGUUCGCACCCAAAUUUUUCUGCUUCAGUGACCCAACAAAACUCAGCAAGCAGAAAAAAAAGCAGAAGAUUGAGCCAUCCUGUACAACAAGUACAAGGAUGCAAACUCCUGGAGAAUCUCAAGAGCUUUCAAGAAAGUGCACUCAAAAGUUACUUUCUAGAUUUUUAUGUCAACUUUCUGUUUCUUAUGGGAUUCUUUGUUGCUUGGGGAAAAGUGCUUGUCUUGUACAAUCUUUAGAUGUGAAUUGUGAUUUUUUUAAUGUCUCAAAAUUAAAAAUGAACAACUUUUAAAAUCA